AUGGACAACGGCACAAAACAAUCGUCUUCCCCUCCACGUUACCAUGCUGAUCAAGCAACAUACAGAGAUUUGGUCAUUUUCGAGGAACGGUUGCGUGGCAACAUGACACGGCUGCAACGGAGGAAAAAGAAAUAUGAAGCAUUACUUGUUGGUAUCCUUAUAUUGCUUGUCUACUUUUUCUAUGUGGUGUUUCUUUCGCCGAGCAAGGAUUUCUUUAUCCAUUUGCUGAAUACAGCUGCAUUGAUAGCAGUAGCAGGCACCCUAGUAUUCAUCUAUCGAUCUGGCAUCUAUUCAGAGAAGAUCGUAUUUGCAUCAGAGUUUGUUCCCCACUGUAACCGUGCUCUUCGAUCAUUCAAUUUACAAUUCAAUCGACGAGGGAAUACCGGCAUACUAAGCUUUUAUCGACGCAUUCCGCACGAAUUACAACAAGGAUUCGAUGCCUAUCGGAAGCAGUACCUGGCAAGGAAACGUGCACGGCAAGCAAAGCAAAAGGCAUCAUAA